AUGCCCGUUGACGAGUUGAGCGAUGAAAUAAGUGCAAUUGAAGCGAUCUAUCCAGAUUCAGUAACAAGUGAGGGGCCACGAGUUUACACAUUUACCAUCCCCAACCACGAAUUGAUCAAAAUUCAAGUGAAUUUUCCAAUGACUUACCCCGGCAAAGGGCCAGAAUCGCUUCUGAUUGAUAAUGACGACAAAUUGGGAUACAUGGAUACCACAUACUUGGAAAAAAUAGCCAAGUCUUUUGUAGACAAAAGUUUCGUCCCUGGUCAAGUAUUUAUGUACGAGCUUUUGACUCAAUUACUGGAAUUCCUUGACGAGUAUUUAAGGGACCGUAUUGCAAGCAACGUGAUAGAACUGAAAAACGAAGAACUAGAGAAUAAGCAAAUACACCACGAAUCAUCUGUCGCAGAAGCACCCGAGGAGGUAGCAGAUAAAACUACUGAUUGGGUGAAAUCGGAUAUCAUAAAUGAUCGUCGAUCUACAUUUAUUGCAUAUGCAAGGGAAGUUGAGAACUUAGAGGAAGCAAGUAUGCAUUUAGAAAGUCUACUACUGGAUAAAAAGGUAUCAAAGGCAGCCCAUAACAUCUCUAGUUGGAGAAUAAGAUCAAAUGACAACAACAUAAGCUAUCAGGAUUGCGAUGACGACGGGGAAACUGCGGCAGGAGGAAGAUUACUACACUUACUUCAAAUGAUGGAUGUAUGGAAUGUUGUUGUAGUGGUGAGUCGAUAUUUCGGUGGCAUUCAUUUGGGACCAGAUAGGUUCAAGCAUAUCAAUGCCGUGGCUAGAGAUGCAGUCACCAAGGGGGGAUUCCUUCAAGGGGAUACUCGACAGAAGGAGCCAGCCAGUAAAAUGAAGAAGAAGUAG